AUGCGCCCAACGUUGGUGGCGCCCAUGGAGACCCUGCCCCCCUCCUACCGCCCUACACCCCUACUACCGCCUCCCACCGGCCUACCACUAACCCUCCCAACCACCCCUCCGCCACCUGAUACAGGAGUCCACCUGCACUUAAUCAACCCAACAACACCAACGCUCCAACACCACGCUCCAACAACAACUGCCAACGCUCCAACCAACCAACAACGCUCCAACGCUCCAACACCAACGCUCCAACACCAACGCCCAACACCAACGCUCCCCAACCUCCAACACCAACACAAACGCUCCAAACACCAACGCUCCAACAACGCUCCAACACGCUCCAACACCCGCUCCAACACCAACGCUCCAAACCCAACAACACUCCAACACCAACGCUCCAACACCAACGCUCCAACACCAACGCUCCCAACACCAACGCUCCAACACCAACGCUCCAACACCAACGCUCCAACACCACGCUCCAACACCAACGCUCCAACACCAACGCUCCAACACAACUCCAACACCAACACUCAACAACACCAACGCUCCAACACCAACGCUCCAACACCAACGCUCCAACACCACGCUCCAACACCAACGCUCCACACCAACGCUCCAAACCAUCGCACCAAAAACGCUCCAACACAAACGCUCCAACACCAACGCUCCAACACCAACGCUCCAAUCCACCAACGCUUCAACAACCAUCCAACACCAACGCUCCAACCCAACUGCUCCAACACCAACGCUCCAACACCAACGCUCCAACACAUAGCUCCAACAACAACGAUCCAACACCAACGCUCCAACACCAAACGCUCCAAACACCAACGCUCCAACACCAAACGCUCCAACACCAACGCUCCAACACCAACGCUCCAACACCAACGCUCCAACACCAACGCUCCAACACCAACGCUCCAACACCAACGCUCCAACACCAACGCUCCCAAACACCAACGCUCCAACACCAACGCUCCAACACCAAAGCUCCAACACCAACGCUCCAACACCAACGCUCCAAUCCAACACAAACGCUCAACCCAACGCUCCAACACCAACGCUCCAACACCACGCUCCAACAACCAACGCUCCCAACGCUCAACCUCCAACACCAACGCUCCAACACCAACGCUCCAACACAACGCUCCAACACCACCGCUCCAACCCAACGCUCCAACACCAACGCUCCAACACCAACCCAACAACGCUCCAACACACAACGCUCCAACACCCAACGCUCCAACAACCAACGCUCCAACACCAAACGCUCCAACACCAACGCAUCCAACCAACGCUCACAACACACCAACGCUCCAACACUCCAACACCAACGCUUCCAACACACCAACGCUCCAACACCAACGCUCCAACACCAAACGCUUCCAACACCAACGCUCCAACACCAACGCCCCCAACACCAACGCUCCACACCAACGCUCCAACAACCAACGCUCCAACACCAACGCUCCAACCACCAUCGCUGCCCAACACCAACGCUCCAACACCAACGCUCCAACACCAACGCUCCAACACCAACGCUCCAACACCAACGCUCCAACAACGCUCCAACACCAACGCUCAACACAACGCUCCAACACCCAACGCUCCAACACCAACACCACCACCUCCCUUCAAAAAAGUCCUAUUGCCGUCUUGAGAGCCAUCCUUGUCAACCCAAGAAGGAAUUGGUUCUUUACGGCUGAACCUCCGGAGUCCCCGCUAUUACUCCAUUUUACCUGCCCGUCUAAUCUAUCUCCAAAGUUCGCGCAGGAAUUUGAUACUUAUGAAGUUAUCAGCAUAAAGUGUCAUAGACGUCAGGGUGAUUAG